GCAGACUUGGGUGGCUCAGCGCAGCGGGGGCCAGUACUACUUACCCCAGUAGUACCGCGCCGCUCCGCCCCGGAGUGACGCCCUCCGCCCAUGGGCCUGGCCGAGGGCGACCGGCGGGCGGCGCGGAGGAGGCGGCAGCGGCGGCAGGUGGCGCGCAGCAGGGCCAGAGCCGGGCCGGGCCAUGGCCGCCUCCGAGCGGCUCUACGAGUUGUGGCUGCUCUACUACGCGCAGAAGGACCUGGGUUACCUGCAGCAGUGGCUGAAAGCCUUUGUAGGUGCCUUCGAGAAAAGCAUCUCACUGUCUUCUCUGGAGCCACGCAGGCCAGAGGAAGCAGGUGCAGAGGUGCCCCUGCUACCGCUGGACGCGCUGCAUGUGUUGGCCAAGCAGCUGGACGAGGGGGACCUGGAGCAAGGCCUGCUCCUGCUCAAGCUCUUCAUCGUCCUCUGCAGGAACCUGGAGAAUGUGGAGGCAGGCCGGGGCCACGUGCUGGUGCCUCGGGUGCUGGCACUGCUGACCCGGUUGGUGGCCGAGCUGAAAGGACACCCACCACAGCAGGAGGGCCGGGGGCCCCACCUGGAGGACGUGGCCCUGCACGCCCUCCUCUUAUGCGAGGGCCUCUUUGACCCCUACCAGACCUGGAGGCGCCAGCUCGGCGGGGAAGUCAUCAGUGCCAAGGAGAAGAGCAAAUACAAGUUCCCUCCUGCCGCUUUGCCCUGUGAAUUCAGCACCUUCUUCCGAGAGAGCCUGCAGGAUGCAGACCGCUUGCCUCCCACGCUGCUGCUGCGUCUCAUCCACCUCUUUGGUGCUGUCCUUGCAGGAGGGAAGGAGAACGGGCAGACGGCUGUGAGUGCUGGCUCCGUGCAGGGCUUGCUGGGUGUGGUGCAGGGCUGGGGCCGUGGGCCAGCUCAAGACCCCCGCCUAGUGCCGCUGGCGCUAGAGGCCCUGGUGGGCACAGUACAUGUCCUGCAUGCCAGCCACACACCCCCCCGAGGUCCAGAGCUCCGCGCCCUGCUUGAGGGUUACUUCCGCGUCCUUAAUGCCGACUGGCCAGCUGGGCCGAGCCCAGGCCCCGAAGAGGCCCUCGUCACCCUACGAGUCAGCAUGCUCGAUGCCAUCCCCAUGAUGCUGGCAUGCGAGGACCGGCCAGUGCUGCAGGCCACCUUCCUCAGCAACAAUUGCUUUGAACACCUUACUCGCCUCAUCCAGAACAGCAAGCUAUACCUGCAGGCCCGGGCGCCCCCUGAGGGGGACAGUGACCUGGCUACCCGGUUACUGACCGAGCCCGAUGUUCAGAAGGUACUGGACCAGGACACAGAUGCCAUUGCCGUCCACGUCGUCAGAGUGUUGACCUGCAUCAUGAGUGGCUCCCCUUCGGCCAAGGAGGUGUUUAAAGAGCGCAUCGGCUACUAUCAGCUGCAUGAGAUUCUGCAGAACCACGGUCCCCCCACACAUCGGCUGUUGCAAGAGCUGCUCAACAUGGCCGUGGAGGGUGACCACAGCAUAUGUCCGCCACCACCAAUCCGCAACGAGCAGCCGGUGCUGGUGCUGAUGCGGUGGCUGCCGGCACUGCCCACGGCUGAGCUACGGCUCUUCCUAGCACAACGCCUCUGGUGGCUCUGUGACAGCUGCCCUGCCAGCCGUGCCACGUGUGUGCAGGCUGGUCUUGUAGACUGCCUGUUGGAGACGCUUAGCAUGGGGGAAGCCCUGGGGGCCCGCUGCCAGGAGCAGCUGUUGGCGCUGCUGCAAGCAUUGGGCCGUGUAUCACUAAGGCCUUUGGAGCUUCGUCGCCUGCUUCGCCCCCCACCAGGGCUGGACUCUGGGUCGGGGGGAGCUGAGGCUGGGAAUGCCCGACACGCUGGUGCCAUCAUUCGGGCGUUAUCAGGCAUGGCUCGGCACCAGGGCCCUGCACGAGCCCUACGCUACUUUGACCUCACGCCCAGUAUGGCGGGUAUUAUGGUACCCUCUGUGCAGCGAUGGCCAGGAACUGGCUUCACUUUCCAUGCCUGGCUCUGUCUGCACCCCACGGCUGCAGGGCCUGCCCUGGCUCCCUCCCGGCCACUCCAGCGGAAGCAGCUAUACAGCUUCUUCUCCAGCAGUGGCUCAGGGUUUGAGGCCUUCUUCACGGCGGCUGGGACGCUGGUGGUGGCAGUGUGCACCCGGAAGGAUUACUUGACCAUGAGCUUGCCUGAAGUGUCCUUUGCUGACUCUGCCUGGCACUGUGUAGCCAUCGUCCAUGUGCCCGGACGUCUGCUUUUCAGCCAGAACCUGGUCUCUGUCUACAAAGAUGGUCAUCUGAUCAAGACAGCACCCCUUCGCUGCCCAUCCCUCAGUGAGCCUUUCUCCUCCUGCUGUAUCGGCUCUGCUGGGCACCGCACGACGACCACCACCACGGGGCCGCCUGCGCCACCAGCCCCCGCUGCCCUGGCUCACGCUCACCCCUCCCUCAUCCGCUCCCAAUCAGUUCCAGCCACCACAGGGCUGGGCUGGGGGUCCGGGCUGGUGGCCCCCCUACAGGAGGGCAGCAUCAGCUCCACCCUUGCAGGCACACAGGACACUCGGUGGGGUAGCCCCACAUCCCUAGAGGGUGAGCUGGGGGCCGUGGCCAUCUUCCAUGAAGCCCUGCAAGAGGCGUCCUUGCAGGUCCUGUACACCUUGGGGCCCAAUGAGACAGCGCCCUUCAAGCCUGAGGGUGAACUGCAUGAGCUUGGCACCAAGCUGCUCCUCCAUUACUCACCUCAGGCCUGUAAGAACAACAUCUGCCUGGACCUGUCCCCUGGCCACGGGCUGGAUGGCCGCCUGACGGGCUAUAGGGUGGAGACCUGGGACGUGAAGGAUGUGGUGAAUUGUGUGGGAGGCAUGGGUACCCUGCUGCCCCUGCUGGAGCGAGUGGCUACACAGCCCCAAGAGGCCGAGGCAGGUCCAGCAGAAACAUACGACCUUGUGGGACCUGAACUGACCUCUGGCCACAACACCCAGGGCCUGCUUCUCCCGCUGGGUAAGUCCUCAGAGGAGCGAAUGGAGAGGAACGCAGUGGCUGCCUUUCUGCUGAUGCUGCGGAACUUCCUGCAGGGCCACGCUGUGAACCAGGAGAGCCUGGUGCAGUGCCAGGGGCCUGCCAUCAUCGGGGCUCUCCUGCGCAAGGUCCCCAGCUGGGCCAUGGACAUGAAUGUGCUCAUGUCUGCCCAGCUGCUGAUGGAGCAGUUGGCAGCUGAGGGCAGUGGGCCCCUCCUGUAUCUGCUCUACCAGCAUUUGCUCUUCAACUUUCAUCUCUGGACCUUCAGCGACUUUGCUGUGCGCCUUGGAGGAUCGGAAGGGGCCAGCUCAGCCUGGUGGCCUGAGCCUUCUGCCGAUGCCCACUCAGGCCACAUCCAGUACAUGUCCAGCAUAGUCCGUGAGCACAGACAGAAGCUACGGAAGAAGUAUGGGGUCCAGUUCAUCCUUGAUGCCCUGCGCACCCACUACAGCCCACAGCGGGAGCGCCCCCUAGCGGCUGACGACCUGCGCACGGUGCAGACUUCACUCCUGGGCCUGGCUCGGGAGUUCCUGGUGCGGAGCUCCCCUACUGAUGACAUGCAGGUCCUGCUGAGCUUUCUGGCAGCCGCGGGUGACGAUGGCCAGGUGGCGGGCGCCCUGGACCUGCUGCUGGCACUGCUACAGGGCUCACCAGCACAGGAGUCUCUGGCUGUUUUCCUCCUGGAGCCGGGGAACCUGGAGGUGCUGCUGGCACUGCUGGUGCGGCCAAAGUCACUGCCCCUGGUGUCCGACCGAGUCUGCAAGAUCCUGUGCAGACUACGGCAGAAUGAGCGCUUACCUGAGCGGAGCCGCCAGCGGCUCCGGCUGCGAGAGUGUGGUCUCCAGGGUCUCGUCGCCUGCCUGCCAGAGGGGGCAGUUUCCCUCCAGCUCUGUCAGGGCCUCUACAAGCUGUUCCUGGGGACAGAUUACCUGAACCUCUCAGACCUGAUGGCUGUGGUGCAGCUGUCCCUGCAGGCCGAUCUCAGUGUCCGCCUGGACAUCUGUCGCCAGCUCUUCCAUCUCAUCUAUGGACAGCCUGACAUAGUGCGGCUGAUGGCCCGACAGGCCGGCUGGCAGGAUGUGCUGACCCGGCUGUAUGUGCUAGAGGCUGUGACGGCCAGCAGUCCUCUGCCGUUUUCCGCAGAGCUGCCCGCCUCCCCAGAACCAGCCUUACCCAAUCCACCCACUGAGUCACCUGAACCUUCGGACGUCUUCCUGCCCUCAGAUGCCCCCAGCCCCGACCCUGAUGCCUUUUACCAAGCUCUCUCCCCGUUCUGUGCACCCUUUGACCUGGGCCUGGAACGGGCCAGCGUGGGUUCAGGCAACACUGCUGGUGGUGGCAGCAGCAGUGGGACUCUUACUCCGGCUAGCCAGCCUGGCACACCGUCCCCGCUGGAUGGUCCCCGGCCCUUCCCUGCUGCUCAUGGCCGCCUCAGCUCCAGUCUCUCCAAUGUGCUGGAGGACGGCAGCCUUCCGGAGCCCACCAUCAGUGGGGACGACACUUCUAAUACCAGCAACCCUCAGCAAACCCCUGAGGAGGAGCUGUGCAACCUGCUCACCAAUGUGCUGUUCUUGGUGACAUGGCGGGGCGUGGAAGGCAGUGAUGAGGCCGCCUGGCGGGAACGUGGCCAGGUCUUCUCGGUGCUCACCCAGCUGGGGGCCUCAGCCACACUUGUGCGCCCACCAGACUGCAUCAAGCGCAGCCUCCUGGAGAUGAUGCUGGAGUCAGCCCUGAGCGACAUCAAAGAGGCCCCCGCUGGGGUCCUGGCCGGCUUCACCCAGCAGGUGCUUUGGCUGUUGCGCCUACUGCAGGACUUCCUGUGCUCUGAGGGCCAUGGCAACCAGGAACUGUGGAGUGAGAAGCUCUUUGAAGGUGUGUGCAGCCUGCUUGAUCGCCUGGGAGCCUGGCCACAUCUGGCCAACGGUACAGCAGAUCUGCGAGAGAUGGCACAGAUAGGCCUGCACCUUGUGCUUGGCUACAUCCUCCUGGAGGACCCACAGCUGCACGCCCAGGCCUAUGUGAGGCUGCAUGCAUUGCUGCAGACUGCAGUGCCCAUGCGCCGGGAGGAGGCCUGCUAUGUGCUCUCCAAGCUGGAGGCGGCACUGGCGCGGGUGCUGAACACCACCCCCUACAAGACGGCCACUGAGGACCAGGAGCCACCGACAGCUGCUGCCACUGUGGAGCGCUGCUCGUGGCUCGUGCCCCUGGUGCGCACGCUGCUGGACCGUGCCUACGGGCCCCUGGGGCUUCAGUGGGGGCUGCCUUCCCUCCCGCCCACCAACGGCAGCCCCACCUUCUUCGAGGACUUCCAGGCCUUUUGUGCCACACCUGAAUGGCGCCACUUCAUCGACAAGCAGGUGCAGCCUACCAUGUCACAGUUCGAAAUGGACACCUACGCUAAGAGCCACGACCUCAUGUCAGGCUUCUGGAAUUCCUGCUACGACACGCUCAUGAGCAGUGGGCAGCGGCGCCAGAAGGAGAGGGCACAGAGUCGUCAGGCCUUCCAGGAGUUGGUGCUGGAACCUGUGCAGCGGCGGGCGCGCCUGGAGGGGCAGCGCUAUGCGGCAGCGCUGAAGCAGCAGACCACGCAGCAUUCCACUGUCCUGCUGCACUGGGGGGCCCUGUGGCGUCAGCUCUCCAGCCCCUGCGGGCCCUGGGCCCUGAGGGACCCGCCCACCCCCCGGUGGAAGAUGUCCAGCGUUGAGACAUACUCGCGCAUGCGUCUGAAGCUGGUGCCCAACCAUCACUUCAACUCUCACCUGGAAGCCAGCGCCCUACGGGACAACCUGGGUGAAGCCCCCUUGACACCCACCGAGGAGGCCUCGCUGCCUUUAGCAGUGACUAAAGAGGCCAAAGUCAGCACGCUGCACGAGGAGCUGCAGGAAGACCAGCUGGGCGAGGAUGAGCUGGCUUCAUUGGAGACCCUGAUGGAGGCAGCAGAACUGGACGAACAGCAUGAGAAGCUGGUUCUGUCAGCUGAAUGCCAACUGGUCACAGUGGUGGCUGUGGUCCCAGGGCUGCUGGAGCUCACCACACAGCACAUCUACUUCUACGAUUGUAGCACUGAGCGUGUGGAAACUGAGGAGGGCAUUGGCCAUGACUUCCGGCGCCCGCUGGCCCAGCUGCGCGAGGUCCACCUACGGCGUUUCAACCUGCGCCGUUCAGCACUUGAGCUCUUCUUCAUUGAUCAGGCCAACUAUUUCCUCAACUUCCCAUGCAAGGUGGGCGGGACUGCAGCCUCAUCUCCUUGCCAAGCCCCCAGGCCCCAACCCUGCCCCAUCCCACCCCACACCCAGGUACGGAACCAGGUGUACAAGUGGCUCCUGCGCCUGCGACCCCCUACCCAAGGUUACCUAAGCAGCCGCUCCCCCCAGGAGAUGCUGCGCGCCUCAGGCCUUACCCAGAAAUGGGUACAGCGUGAGAUAUCCAACUUCGAGUACUUGAUGCAACUCAACACCAUUGCGGGGCGGACCUACAACGACCUAUCUCAGUACCCUGUGUUCCCCUGGGUCCUACAGGACUAUGUGUCCCCAACCUUGGAUCUCAGCAACCCGGCUGUCUUCCGGGACCUGUCCAAGCCCAUCGGUGUGGUGAACCCCAAGCAUGCUCAGCUCGUGAGGGAGAAGUAUGAGAGCUUUGAGGACCCAGCGGGCACCAUUGACAAGUUCCACUAUGGCACCCACUAUUCCAACGCAGCAGGCGUGAUGCACUACCUCAUCCGCAUGGAGCCCUUCACCUCCCUGCACGUCCAGCUGCAGAGUGGCCGCUUUGACUGCUCUGACCGGCAGUUCCAUUCGGUGGCAGCAGCCUGGCAGGCACGCCUGGAGAGCCUGGCUGAUGUGAAGGAGCUCAUCCCAGAGUUCUUCUACUUCCCCGACUUCCUGGAGAACCAGAACGGCUUUGACCUGGGCUGCCUCCAGCUGACCAAUGAGAAGGUGGGUGACGUGGUACUACCCCCAUGGGCUCGCUCCCCUGAGGACUUCAUCCAGCAGCACCGCCAGGCUCUGGAGUCAGAGUAUGUGUCUGCCCACCUGCAUGAGUGGAUCGACCUCAUCUUUGGCUACAAGCAGCGGGGCCCGGCUGCGGAGGAGGCCCUCAAUGUCUUCUAUUACUGCACCUAUGAGGGUGCUGUGGACCUGGACCAUGUGGCGGAUGAGCGGGAACGGAAAGCUCUGGAGGGCAUUAUCAGCAACUUUGGGCAGACCCCCUGUCAGCUGCUGAAGGAGCCACAUCCAGCCCGGCUCUCAGCUGAGGAAGCAGCCCAGCGCCUUGCACGUCUGGACACUAACUCACCUAGCAUCUUCCAGCACCUGGACCAGCUCAAAGCCUUCUUCGCAGAGGUCAUCAGUGACGGCGUGCCCCUGGUGCUGGCCCUGGUUCCCCACCGGCAACUCCACUCCUUCAUGACCCAAGACCUGUUGGUGACUGUGAGUGCCAAUGGGCUGCUGGGCACCCACGGCUGGUUGCCCUAUGACCGUAACAUAAGCAACUACUUCAGGUUCAUCAAAGAUUCCACCAAGAUGCAGCGACUGCUGAGUGGCCCAUGGGUACCAGGCAGUGGCGUGAGUGGGCAAGCCCUGGCAGUGGACCCCGAUGGAAAGCUGCUGUUCAGUGGUGGCCACUGGGAUGGGAGCCUGCGAGUGACUGCGCUCCCCCGGGGCAAGCUGAUGAGCCAGCUCAGCCGCCACCUGGACAUAGUGACCUGCCUUGCACUGGACACCUGUGGCAUCUACCUCAUCUCAGGCUCCCGGGACACCACGUGCAUGGUGUGGCGGCUCCUGCAGCAGGGUGGUCUCUCGGUGGGGCUGGCAUCAAAGCCUGUGCAGGUCCUAUACGGGCACGAGGCUGCAGUGAGCUGUGUGGCCAUCAGCACUGAACUUGACAUGGCUGUGUCUGGAUCUGAGGACGGAACUGUGAUCAUCCACACUGUACGCCGUGGCCAGUUUGUGGCAGCACUACGGCCCCCAGGGGUCAUGUUGCCUGGACCUGUUUCUCACCUGGCGCUGGGGUCUGAGGGCCAGAUUGUGGUCCAGAGCUCGACUCGGGAACGUCUGGGGGCUCAGGUCACCUACGCCUUGCACCUGUACUCAGUAAAUGGGAAGUUGCGGGCAUCACUGCCCCUGGUAGAGCAGCCCACAGCCCUGGCAGUGACAGAGGGCUUUGUUCUGCUGGGCACAGCCCAGUGUGCCCUGCACAUCCUCCACCUGAACAACCUGCUCCCGGCCGCGCCUCCCCUGCCCAUGAAGGUGCCCAUCCGCAGCGUGGCUGUGACCAAGGAGCACAGCCACGUGCUGGUGGGCCUGGAGGACGGCAAGCUUAUCGUGGUGGGCGCGGGGCAGCCCUCUGAGGUGCGCAGCAGCCAGUUCGCGCGGAAGCUGUGGCGGUCCUCACGGCGCAUCUCGCAGGUGUCCUCCGGGGAGACAGAGUACAAACCUGCAGAGGCUCGCUGACAGUCGGCCCCGCCCCACUGCGCAGGCUCCGCUCCCAGCGGGCUCGGCCUCGGGAGGAGCCGCCCGGGAGUCCACGAAGCCCGCGGUCCGCACUCUGGGGGUGGGCGGAGCCCCACACCCGUCCAGCUCAGGGAUUGGUGAGCGGUGUCACUCCAGGAAGUCCCGCCCCUCGCCGGCAGAGGGGCCGCCCGGAGUCCCAGCACUGGCCUCGGCGGCCGCACAGCACUUUUUGCACAACCUGGGACAGGGAACACAGCCUCCCGAGACCCCUGUCCCGGCAGAGCACGGGGACUGGGCUCUGGCCUUAAUUCCUAAGGCCGGCCCCUCUCUCCCAUUCUCGGCAAUAAACCUGGCCUAGUUUUGUA